AUGGCAGAUUCUCUCGCCCCCGUCCUUCAAUCUACUGCUCUCAACCAACCGAGGGCAUAUCUGAGUGGUCUCCCGCAUGAAGAAAUGGUAAAACUGCAAGCUCGGUUACCGAACCUUGUCGAUGUAAGGGAAGAAGCGGGAAAAGCUAUGGAAAAACUGAAGGAACCCCCACCAACAAAUGUGUCUGGUUACAAUCAAGAUGGAGAAUAUUUAGGAAUUCUGCAUCCCGCCAUUGCCUAUCAUUUCACAUUCCCCAAAUUAACCUUAUUUUCUUACUUUUGUUGUGAAGAGGAUGUACCGGACGACCUCCAGGCAAUCUGUUUGUGGGUGUUAAAGCAGAGGCUUUGGGCAUUGAAGGAGGGUCCGGAUGAACAGCUUAACCGUUCCAUGUCAGCGCAGAUCAACCUCCCACAAGAAGCAGUUCCGAUUUUCGAUGCAUGCCUGAAGUUGGAAGAAAAGCUCAAUCCAACAAACAAGGACCCCUUUUUACGAAAUCCGCAAGUCCUUAUACAUAGCCAACGAUAUUUCUCUCACUUUUUUCCUAACAGACGAGCUUACACCGACUUUGGUGCCGCCUUAGCCCGUACGAAAUCUCGAAACACAGAGGCGAAACCAAUACUGGAGAGAGUAAUAAACGACAUCGACAAGGUGACCUCCAAUGAUGCAAAAGUAAUAUCCAUUCAAGCAAAGCUUUACCUCACGCGGGUGCUUCGUCGGAUGGGCGAGUUGGAGGAAGCAAAGAAACAGUCAGUCCAUGGAAACAGGAUAUCAUUCGUUCUUCCACUUAUAACUUCACGCGUUAGCGAAACUUACCUCAUAAAAUGGUUCAAAAAGAACCCGAAUAAAGUUGGAGCAGCGGCCCUGGAGGAAUGGUUUCUGACGGAGAAUGAAGAUGAUCCGGUCUUUGAAGGGUUGGGUGGUAUGAACUGGCUACGGAAUCGAAAGAUGACUUGGAAGUCAGUGGACAGGUCGGCAAGGGCAUGUUAUUAUUGUGGAGUGAGAGAAGGCCCUACGCAGAAGAUGCUGAGGUGCGGCAAGUGUGAGCAUAUCUUUUAUUGUUCGAGGGAAUGUCAAUCCAAGGAUUAUCCAUUCCACAAGUAG